AUGUCCUGCUCCAGCCUGUGUGCCCCUGCCUGCGGGGUGGCCGCCCCGGCCCCGCUGGCUGACAGCUACAACGAGCCCUGCGUGCGCCAGUGCCCCGACUCCACCGUGGUGAUCCAACCCCCGGCCACCGUGGUCACCUUCCCCGGGCCCAUCCUCAGCUCCUUCCCGCAGAACGCUGCAGUUGGCUCAGCAGGAGUCCCCGCUGUUGGAGCAGGCUUGGGUGGCAGCUUUGGACGUAGUGCCGGCUUUGGGGGCUAUGGAGGCCUGGGAGGCUCUUAUGGCCUUGGGGGCCUUGGGGGCUAUGGAGGCUUUGGCAGCUGUGGAUUUGGUGGCUUCCGCCGAGGCCACAGAUACCUCAGUGGCAGCUGCGGGCCCUGCUAA